UUUAUGCUUACGUAGACAUCUCAGAGUAGAGUACGUCGAAGGUGCAGCGUUGGCGGAGAGGAUUGCUUAUUUUAAAGCCAAACGAGCGGCGUUUUAGACGAUUUCUUGUCGUUUAGCUGUCUACUUUAAUACAACAAGAUGGUCGCAAAGCAGAGGAUACGCAUGGCCAACGAGAAGCACAGCAAAAACAUCACACAGCGGGGGAAUGUGGCCAAAUCAUCGAGAGGCGCACCGGAUGACAAGGCGGCAGUCGGGCCGUGGCUCCUGGCACUCUUUGUCUUUGUAGUGUGCGGAUCAGCCAUUUUCCAGAUCAUUCAGAGCAUCAGGAUGGGGAUGUAAGGAGGCAUAAUGGAUACUCACUCACCAUUCCUCUCCUUUUCCCGCUGUGCUGACCAGGCCGAAGGUCAACUGUGUUCUUCGUCUUAUUUAAAAUGUCCAUUGCCGUCAUUUAAAAUUCCCGUCUCUUGUGCCUUACGCAAACUGUGGAGGAAUGAAAAAUGUAAGAAAAUACUUCAGAAAUCCAAGCCAUAUCUUACAGAACAUUCCACAAUGGGCUUUUUUUUUUUUUUUUUUUUUUUUUUUUUUUUUUUUCUCCCCUCCCACCAAGUUUGCUGCUGGAUCAGAUCCCACCUUUCUGCCAGUAAUCAUACUGAAUUGUCCUUUUACAUUCUCCUUUUGUUUUCCAUAUUUCUUCGAUCUGUCAUGUCUAUACACCUUGAAAGGUUUAGUUUGGAUGGGUGCCAAAACAUGAGGUUUCAGUUUACUUGCCUUGUUACCAAUGCAAAAUAGCUAUAUACAUUAUUUGGAGCUAUGCACCUUCCAUGCAUACCUGUAUGUGUCUGUACAUUCUUUGACCUGUGUUGCUGCCUGAAGGAAAUGAAAGGUUAGUUUUUGUGUAUUGGUCAGUUGCAAAGAUAUGUAUGUUUGCUUUCCACUUGAAUGUCCUUUAACAAAUAAAAAGAAAAAGUUAAACUCGUU